GACAUAGGUGAAGAACUGAGAGUGAAAGAGAGAGAGAGAGAGUUUAGAGAGUUGUGUUGUCAGAGAAACAACCCAUCUUCAGGAAAUUUGAUUUAAAUUUAAAUUUUACUUUUAAUGCCAAACGUGCGGACGCGUAAUGUCAGCAGCGAGAACACACGAGGAGCUCUGAAGACUUUUCACAAGAUAUCACAAAGUGACUUUGACUUCGCAUGGAGGAGGAGAACACGCGCAAACUGUUGGAAACCUGCUUUUGAUAGCGCGUCACACCGCGCUUUUACGCACAAGGACUGAUCGAAGCCCGCUGUGUUUGGAUAAAGCGCAGGAACUGAGCGACGUUGUUUUUUUUUAUCCUUUUCUUUGAUGGACAGAUAAACAGACAGCGUGAGAACCUGCAACACAAAUAUACAGAAAAACAAACCUGCUUUCUGUGUAAAUUAAGAGAAGUGAAGCAACGAAGAGUGAAGUUGGGAGUCCGAGAACGCACAAAUGGUGUUUCUGUGGGACGCAAAAUACGACCCAGCCCCUGGCCGGCGUUACACUCCCCCCUCCACCACGCUCGCCUCCGGGGGGAAGAUGGCAGAGGCCCUGCCUCUCGGGGCGCAGGAGGCCGGCGGUGGAGCGUCUCUGCUGGGCAAGCUGCGCAUGGCAGACCGUGGCAUGGUAGAGGUGAUCUCAGAUCAUCCAGGCGAGCUGGUGAAGACGGACAGUCCCAACUUCCUCUGCUCUGUGCUGCCGACACACUGGAGGUGUAACAAGACUCUGCCCAUCGCUUUUAAGGUCGUCGCCCUGGGUGAAAUCGCUGACGGCACCCUGGUGACGGUGAUGGCGGGAAAUGAUGAGAAUUACUCGGCAGAGCUCCGCAACGCCACGGCUGCCAUCAAGAACCAGGUGGCCCGAUUCAACGACCUGCGCUUUGUCGGCCGCAGUGGAAGAGGGAAGAGUUUCACUCUGACCAUCACCGUCUUCACCAACCCUCCUCAAGUGGCCACCUACCAAAGAGCAAUUAAAAUUACAGUGGAUGGUCCGAGAGAGCCACGGCGUCAUCGUCAAAAGAUGGACGAGGUCAAACCGGGCUCUCUGGCGUUCUCUGAGAGGCUAACAGAGCUGGAGCAGCUGAGACGGAGCUCGAUGAGGGUGACACCUCCUCACCAUCAUCACCAUCAAACCUCGGCCAACGCCCGCCAAUCUGCAGCACUCAACUCCGCCACAUUCUCCAGUCCCACACACUCUCAGAUAACUGCUGAUUCAAGACAGAUGCAGUCGUCUCCGUCUUGGUCCUACGACCAAUCGUAUCCCUACCUUGGCCAAAUAACCACGCCCACCGUCCACACAGCCAACCCCCUAUCGCCUGGUCGCUCCUCUCUCAGUGACUUGUCCUCACGUCUCACAGGUCCUGACCUCACGGCCUUUGGUGACCCCAGAAUGGCCUUGGAACGAUCCUUCUCCUCUCUCCCCUCAUUGCCCGACUCCCGCUUCCCGGACCCUCGCGUCCACUACCCCCCCACAGCGGCUGCCUUCACCUACACUCCCUCUCACAACCCUGUCUCCAACGGCGCCCUUGGCAUCACUAUGGCAACAGCCAUGGCGACCACGCCGGGAGGGAGAUACCACACCUACCUGCCUCCUCCCUACCCUGCGAACACCCCGCACCAGACUCAGAAUGGACCUUUCCAGUCCACCUCCUCACCAUAUCACCUGUACUACUCUGCUGCCGGAUCGUACCAGUUCUCCAUGAUGGCCGGAGGGGGAGGCAGCAGUGACUCGCGCUCCCCUCCCAGGAUCCUGCCGCCGUGCACCAACGCUUCAACAGGCUCCGCCCUCCUGCACCCCUCCUUGCCCAAUCAGAAUGAAGGAGUGGGUGUCGAGGUGGAGUCCAGCCACAGUAGCUCCCCGACGAACAUGGCCGCUGCUGAGGCCGUGUGGAGACCUUACUGAACAGCCAGCAUGGCCGCGGACGCUUCGAGUUACAAUGGAUAUCAACCAUAGACAUAUUUAUGUGGGCUGCUCGGGCACAUUACAGCCAUACGUCAACAUUGCUGUCAUACAGGAAAGACCAAAACCUAAUCAGAUUAACGUUUCUUUAUCCAGAAAAAUGCAACUCCCCUGUUCUGGUCUUGUUAGGAUCAAUAUGGCGGCGGCAUUGACUUAUUAUCCGGGGUAGAUUUACGGUGUCUUCGUAUAUAUAUCUAUCUAUAUAUCUGUGAGAUUAAAACCUGGUCAUGUGAUGGCAUUGACUGAACACACAGCAACAUUCAGACUGAGAGUGACUUUAGUGUCCCAGUGUCAGUGUGGGACAUUCUGAUACUUAAAAUAAUCUGAAGUCUUGAUUUGGUUAUGAAUUCCAAAAUAUUAAAUACAAUUAAAUACUCCCAAUUAAAAAGGAUUUAAAGAUUGGUUUUGUGCUCUAUAAACAGUUCCUGCACAUAAAAGUAGAAGUUAGGGCAUUAAGCCUCCUGACUUCUCAGUCAUGCACCAAAUUGACCUAAAUGUAUCAUCGAUUGAUUUUUCAUUUCAUCUGCAUUCAUAUGCAAAGCUAGCCAAAGACUCUCUUGUUAUCUCUUGACCACAACCACACUCUUGUGUCUCACAUUGCUCCUCAGGCUGUAAAAAUAAUAAACAGUGAACAGUGAAGUGGAGGCCAAAGCCUGGCCAUGCACAUGUGAAUCCUCCAUCAUUGCAACAGGCCAAUGAUGUCAAUGUUGUGACACUUUUUAGAAUUCUGCUGAAUGCUGACCAAACACUGAUUACUGUUUUAGGAACUAUUUGGAAAAAUGUCAUCACAUGACCAGGCGCCGAAUGCAGCCAACUGUAAAACACGCUACUGACAAACAAUGUUGGCCACUGAAAAAAAAACGAGCAGAAUGACUGACAGGUGCACAGGACGAUGGCGCUGAAGGACGGACUGAGUCGUGAGAGACACUGCCCUGUGUGUGAGUAGAGUUUCUAGUAAAUGGACGACCCAAACGUGGAUGGACACGGAUGGAGAGAAGCAGGGGGAGUGUUUCGGUUUAACACUGACACAGUGCAUGCAGCGGCACUGGACUGAUCCCAAUCCAGCCUCCUUUGUACACAAAACGGGACUUUUUCCUCAUAAAUGUUGUCGGUGUUGUAAAAAGAUGAUCUGCUCAUCCCAAAAUAUUGUGACCUGUUUGUUUUUGCCUUUGCUCCAAGAACCAUUUUCACCGUCAAAGUCCAACCUUUUGAGUAAAAUCAUGAAAUGUGAUCUCUUCUCCCACUAAGGUGGUUAUUACGGCCUCUGAAAAUAAAACCAAACAACCACAACCCAUCAAAACACUUCAUUAUUAGUGUUUUAAAUAUUCUUAUUUUUUAGUAAAGGUGUUUGUUUUUUUUACAUUUUCAAGUUACAAGCUUGUCUUUCCAAUCACCUGUAAAUCAGGUAAUUGUUCAACUGCUCCACUUUGGUUAAAGGGGUUGUAUUUGUAUGUAGUUGUGUCAGGUGCUGACACGUAGUCUGAUACACGUCAAGAUUCUGGCUUCCAAACCGAUGACUCAUGAGUUCACUGCACUGAGAAAUCAUUACAGUAAGUAAUUUUGCAAUGUGUUAAUUUAUUCCCACAAUACCAUGUUUGGUAGCAUUGUGUGUGCGUGAGUGUGUGCGCGCGUGUGUGCGUGCUUGUGUGCGACUGAUGAUUCACAGUAAUUUGUGCUGUAUAUAGCCAUGGCUGUAAAUGAUACUGCAUUUUCAACAUUGUUUCGUCAUCCCUUCUCCUCUUUCUUUCUCUUUUGCUCAUUGUCUUUUUUCUCUUUCUCCAUUUUCUCUCUCACACGCUCAUGCACACAGACUUUUUUUAUUUUAAAACAAUGGACAGUUCGUAUUUGUUUGUGAUUUAUAUAAAUAUUCUUGUGAGGAAAAUAGAA